AUGGUAGUUCUAAACACUGAAUCAACCCUAACCUUCCGGCCCCCAGGCCGCGAGGGAAACAUUCCGGACAUAAGCUUCGGUCCGGAAUUACUGGCGUUGCUGGUGGACAGUUGGCGAGGUCUGGAAGACUUCUCGGCAAGCGAACACCAAGACACCACAACACAACGCCCCACAACACAACGCCCCACAACACGACUUCCAAAUGGUGGACGCAAACUCUCAGUGUACGCCACCCCGGCGCAUUUUCAGUGCAUGGAAUACUGCGAAGGCCUUAUUCUCCUUUGGCUGACUUUAGCAAUUUCAUUCGCUAGUGCUCAAGAUCCUGAAAAUGAACAAGCAAAGUAUGAUGAAAAGUGCAAUACAUUGAACGCAUACGAUCGAAUAAAACAUGAUAGCAACUGCCAAAAGUACAUUGAAUGCCAACCGGACAAGACAGCGCUAAUAACGGAUUGUCCUUUUGGUUUAGGUUAUGAUGAAAACACAGAAAGCUGCGUAUGGAAAAGCGAGGCUGGUGAUUGCAUUGCCGACAGCAAACCGGGAGAUGAUCCCGGAUGCGAACCGCCGAAGGACCCGCCCGUUGACACCACUUGCACUACCAGUUGGGAUUAUAUGCGCCAACAAUGCGUCAAAGUGGGUUCAUAUGUUUGUACACCGAACGAAUUUCUCCCAGACUGUUCAAACCAAACUGCUGGAUACGAUAAAAAUUUCAUAGCCGACAAAACAAAUUGUGCCAACUACUUUACUUGCGAUGAUGGUAUACGUUAUCAAGGCGCUUGCCCUGAUGGAUAUUACUUUGACACUCAAAAACAAACUUGCGGACUCAAGGACUCCGCCCGUUUAAAGGAUUGUAAACCGGUAAUAAAUUCACCAUCGUCACCAUCAUCUCCAAAUCCUAGCGACGUCGAUUGGAGCAAAGUAUGUGAUGGAGUUAAAAGUAAGUUCAUUCCGGAUCCUAGAAUUUGUAAUGCAUACAUUUAUUGCAACGGAGACGGAAAUCCACGUCAAGACUUCUGUGACCCAGGAUUAUACUUUGCUAAUGGAAUUUGUACUAAGUCCCCACCUACCUCAUGUACUUGCGAAAUUUACUUAAAGGAUAGCAGCGACCCUUAUACAGAAUAUCUUCCUCAUACGGAAAACAAUAAAUUCUACGUCUGUAAGAACGGUGACCGCGAUGUGAAACAGUGUAAAGGGGAUACAGUUUACGACGAAACAAUCAAGGGCUGCAAAGUGAAAUAAAUCUUGUAAAAUCUCUUUAAAGAUACCAAUAAAUAAAUAAACACAUUUUCAUCCUAUA